CAGUCACGCGGGUACCUCGCGUCGAGUUUUCCCGAAAGCUCUUUUUUUCUCUCUCUCUUUCUAUAUAUAUAUAUGUAUAUAGUGUCUGCGAUUGCGAUAUCUGAGAUAAGUUUAUAACGGAAUCGGGAAUAUAUAUAGUUCUGAAUAUAGAACCCCCCGCUUCGUAAUUAAAGAUAAAUAAAUCUUCCAAAUCCAAAUGAAAUGGAUAGAAAACAUAGAUUCUUCGUUUUCGCGAUACAAACUUAUUUUCGACAUCACAAUAGAUUAUAUAAUAUACAUCUAUUUUAUAUAUAUAUACAAUAUUAUAAUUUAUUUAUCUUAAUUACGAAGCGGGGGGUUCUAUAUUCAAACUAUAUAUAUUCCCGAUUCCGUUAUAAACUUAUCUCAGAUAUCGCAAUCGCAGACACUCGAAAAGCAUUCAUUAAACAAUAAAGAUUUCCUGGAAGAACUUCAUAGAGAGUAAGAGAGAAAGAAAGAGAGAAUUUUGACAAAAGAGAUUUGUCUCAAGUUAAAUUGAGAGACAGAAAAUAAGUUCUUCGCAUUAAUCGUGAUGUAAAUUGUUUUAUUCUUCCUCUAAUAAAAUAUAAGAAAGUGAGGAAAAAUUGCAUUAUUCAUCACUUAUUUGGUAAAGAAAGAAACAAUGCAAAAAUAUUUAUUUCCAUUUAUUUUACUUCCACAUUUGCACACUUGCUUUAAAUCGAUUUGCAGAAAAAUUUGCUAUUGUAGAAAAUAUCAAUUAUCUCCUGAACACAAAAAAAUAUUUGUAAUAAUCUUUUCCAAUUUUCUUUAUGAUAAAAAAAAAAACAGAAAAAAAUUGUCUGGAUCAAUUUAACUCGACGCGAGUAUCUGAGGAAUAGACUUAUUUUUAUACAUAUAGUGAACCACAAAGCUUCUGGCAACGUUAUAUUAAUUGCGACAUGACUGCAACGAUGUGCAUUGCAGGCUACAGUGAUUCAGGAGCACAAAAGAUCUAUGGAAUCGAAUCCAAGAGUAAUCUGUAUGCGGGAACUCGUCGCGUUCAGCUCGUUGUUACGUCACGUAAUUAGAGACAAACUGGGAAUUUUUACAUCCGAGAAGACAGUGGACGAUGGUGAUUCCAGAAACUCGGCCUUCAAUUGCCCGUCUCGCGCGCACAGAAGUCAAUGUAAUAACGCGGAGGCCCAGAGCUGGUUGGACGAUUUGAAUGAGCGCCAGGAUCGCGAAAAGGAAAAUUUCCAACGAAACAAAAAGCACGUGGCCGACGAGUUGAAGGGAAUGUUGAAGUUGAUACCAUCUGUCGUUCGCGUUUAACAAUAUGUUAUUAUAUAUUCUCAUUUUAUAUUAUUAUUUUACAAAUGCAUAAUAUCACGUAAAAAAGAAUUAUUUAU